CAAGUGAGACCAGUGAGUGUUAAUAUUGGCGCUGUCGACCCUGCAGGGCAAAAUAGCAUGGUGGAUUUAGGCCUGCUAAUAGCAAUCUACCCCUUCAUAAAAGCUUGGCUGAACGUCAACCACAUCCUUCCAUCCUUUGCGAACUUCAGAGUGCACCCCGCCCCUGCCAAUCCUGCUCCUGAUCAGCCAGUUGAGACACUGAGACGAGAAGGGACUCACAGUCAGAUUAAUCUGGAACGGUCUAAGAGUCGUAUGGGAACCUUUGUGGAGGCUGGAACAAUAGCUGAAGCCAACCCGGAUGAGGGGACUUCUGCGGACAUGCCGGAUGUCUUAUCGAGACGGAAACUAAAGCCUUCAGAUCAAGAUCUGCCAUGAGGUCAUCACGUAGCAAGACUGGCCGCUCCAUGUGAAGGAAGCUGGAUGCAGAAGGUUGCAACUUCUGCAGAAGAAGUU